AUGCAGCCCCACGGCUUGAAAAGCGAGGCUAAAGCUUUCAGAAGCUGCGCCGCCGUGCAACGUGAUCCCGAUGAAAUGCUCAAAAAGAGUAGAAAGGGACCCAAUAUUGACGAGCCGUGCAACGGUUUGGACUGCAGCAGAGGAUGCAGGUGCAACCCGGAAAAGGGAGCCAGGGGUCGUCCAGGGCCUCUCGGAGAUGUGGGCCCGAGUGGGCCGGAGGGGCCCCGCGGCAACCCGGGGCCUUCGGGGCCAAAAGGAGAGAAAGGUCACAUCGGUUUGAAAGGACCGUCCGGUCCCAAAGGAGACAAAGGACCGAUGGGAGUACCUGGAUUUCAAGGAAAUGACGGCGUCCCUGGUCACACUGGUCAGCAGGGUAGCAGAGGACCAGCAGGACUGGAUGGCUGUAAUGGGACAAGAGGGGAACCAGGAUAUCCAGGCUUUGGCACGGGAGCACCCGGGAAUCCCGGAUUUGCAGGACCUAUCGGGCCAAAGGGUCAAAAAGGCGAACCGCGAUACAUCACGGAUGGCGGCGUGGCUAAUUUACCUGGUCUCCCGGGGGAAGACGGGCGACCUGGCACCAGAGGUCCCGCCGGUCCAGUCGGGUUCCCCGGCCCACCUGGGCCCGAGGGAUAUCCCUAUCACAUCAUUGAUGAUGAUGCGUUAUUUGUCUUCAGGGCCCACCUGGUCCUCCCGGUCCACCGGGACCAAUGGGAGAACCAGGAUUCAAGGGGGUCCGUGGAUUCCCUGGAAACCGUGGUCCACCGAGCCCUUUUGGUUUCCGCGGAGAAUUGGGAGAGAAAGGAGUACCAGGAUUCCCAGGGGCAAGAGGUCUUCCUGGUUUCAACGGGCCUCCCGGUGUACCUGGACAACAGGGAUUCAGAGGGACUCCAGGAUUCCCUGGGCAACCAGGAUUCAGCGGAGCCAAGGGAGACCAGGGAGAACCUGGACUACCCGGACCUCCUGCCUAUGUCACCGGUCCAAGUGCUGCCGUUCAAGGACCACCAGGUGAUCCCGGUUUUAACGGGCUACCAGGCACACCCGGUGACCCUGGACCUCCAGGAUUUCCCGGCCCACCGGGACUACCGGGACGCGGCGGGUGGUCCCAGCCGCUCCGGUUUUCCUGGGGCUCCGGGCCCAAAGGGAGAGAAAGGCAGCCCUGGCAUACCCGGCUAUGGAAUCGAAGGACUCCCGGGCUCCCCCGGACUUCCCGGAAUCCAGGGACCUCCUGGACUCCCUGGAACUGAUGGUACCCCUGGCCGACCCAAUGAGCCCUGCGUCAUCUAUACCCCUGGGGAGAGGCCCAAUGUUCUGCCAGGGGUCCCGGGGCUGCCCGGUCCUCGAGGGCCGCCGGGAGAGUCCGGAUAUAAAGGCUUCCGAGGGGAUCCCGGCGACUGCAACUGUAUCGGAGGUGGUACCGCGGGGUCGCCCGGGUCUCCCGGGUCUCCGGGCGCCGACGGCAGCCCUGGCUUCUCCGGAUCCAAGGGCGAGCCGGGUGAUGCCGGCUCACCUGGAUUUGCUGGUGUUCAGGGACCUCCCGGCCGUGCCGGUGAAAGCGGUUUCUUUGGACGGAAGGGAGAAAAGGGGGCGUCUUACUACAUCGAUUUUGGUUUUGGAGGGAAGGGAGAGCUCGGAGCUACUGGACCUCGUGGGCCUACUGGAGAAACGGGAAACCCGGGCAGGGACGGGUCACCAGGCUUCCCUGGACCCCCUGGACCUCCAGGGGACGCUGGAUUCAGCACGCGUGGAGAAAAAGGUUUCCCAGGGUUCCCUGGGUUAAAGGGUCGGUCCGGAGCGCCCGGAGAGCCCGGCCCAGGAUUUGCGGGUACACCUGGUUUCCGGGGAGAACCCGGAGAACCUGGUUUACCGGGACUGCCUGGACAACCAGGUUUACCUGGACCCAGAGGUCCAAAAGGUCAGCCGGGCUUGCCCGGAGGCCCUGGACGUCCAGGAUUUGACGGUGCCAAAGGAGAAAGAGGAGAUCCCGGCUUUGGUGGACAGCCUGGACCGCAAGGUUUCCCCGGACCCAGAGGGGACUCCGGAGUUCCCGGCAUUCCAGGACAGAACUUUGACGGGGUCAGAGGGAAGGACGGUGUCCCGGGACGCCCCGGAGCCAAAGGCCAGCCCGGAGAAGUCCUGGGUGCCACAGCGGGACCUCCGGGACGGGACGGUUUCCCCGGAGCCCCUGGGGACAAGGGCCAACCGGGGACACCGGGAGGGCCCGGAUCACCCGGUUUCGAGGGACGCUCAGGUGUUCCUGGACUUAGGGGCGAACGUGGAGUCGACGGGUUUCCUGGACUUCCCGGUCCUCCCGGACUACCGGGAGAUCCGACCAUUACAGUCCCGGGUCCUCCGGGAAUUGACGGCAGCAAGGGUUUAAGCGGCUCGCCAGGCUGUCAAGGUUUUCCUGGGCGAAAGGGAGACAGAGGAGACCCAGGUUUCUCAGGGCCUGCAGGUAGAAAGGGCGCUCCAGGGUUACCCGGUACCCCAGGCUUACCAGGGCCAAGGGGCCCACCGGGACUUGCGGGACCAGGAACAAGGGAGGGAUUGCCAGGAAUCCCGGGAAGGAAGGGCGAGCGAGGUUUCGCAGGCGUUACAGGCUUCCCCGGUCAACGGGGCCGACCUGGAAAUCCAGGAUUUUCUGGGGCAAAAGGACUGCCUGGGGAUCCUGGACGAAAUGGGCUCUCCGGAGGGGCGCCCGGCUACACCGGACAGAAAGGUGAGCAAGGGUCACGUGGUCCACCCGGCCCUGCAGGGGUACUGCGGCCUGUAGCCAAAGGCGACCCUGGAACCCCUGGAGGCAUUGGCCUUCCUGGCUUCCCAGGACCAAGAGGUAUACAGUACAUUGCAGGUGACAAAGGUUUUCCAGGCUCGCCGGGGCGCCAGGGUCUGCCUGGAGUUCCGGGUUUUGCCGAACAGAGCAAAGGGCUGCCGGGAGUGCCGGGUUUCCCCGGGCAGCCAGGAUUUCCUGGUGGCCCCGGUCCGAAAGGUGAACCCGGAAUCCUGGGAUUCCCCGGAUCGACAGGACCGAGGGGAGAUGACGGCUUACCCGGUAUCCCCGGCAACCCCGGGCAGCCGGGUCGUCCUGGUGGCAAAGGUCUACCUGGAGAGUCCUAUGGCUUUCCUGGCGCUCCUGGAUUUAAAGGCCAGCCUGGAGAUUCAGGAUUUUCAGGUGGGCGUGGCAACAAUGGCGCUCCUGGUGAUGAUGGCUUUCCAGGAAGUCCUGGUUUCCCUGGAGUCAAGGGAGCACCCGGAGAACCUGGAGGGCCUGGGAUAACGGGUUCACCUGGUUACCCAGGACAAAAAGGUCAGUCUGGCUUUCCCGGAAGAAGUGGAGCAGACGGAACCCCAGGUUUGCCCGGAGGCCCCGGUGGUCCUGGAGCUAAAGGUCUUCCGGGAUCUCCCGGUUUGGACGGACUCAACGGUCUCCGUGGACCAAAAGGCCUGGCUGGGACGCCCGGGGCGAGUGCCGGAACACGACAGGGUAUCCCGGGUAUACCAGGGUUGAAAGGCGAGAGAGGAGUCUCCUACCCAGGAGUGCCAGGUUUCCCAGGACUGAAAGGAGAGAGAGGAGAGCCGGGCGGUCCCGGACUCACAGGAUUUCCAGGUCGACCCGGACUCCCUGGUGGGUCACUUGGCUCAAACAUCCCAGGCCCAGUGGGAGAUCCCGGCCUACCAGGACUGGAUGGAGAGUACGGUUUGACUGGCCCUCCGGGUCUUCCUGGACCACCCGGUCCAGGCACGGACCAGGGUGAUAGAGGGGAUCCUGGCAUCCCGGGCUUCCCCGGAACCCCCGGAAGGAAAGGAGAGCCGGGAAUACCUGGAGGACUCGGACUCUCUGGCAGUCCUGGCUUCAAAGGACAACAAGGGGAGAGUGGAUUCGGCGGUGCUCCUGGUCUUAAAGGUUUUACUGGUGAGCCUGGCUAUUACGGACGUAAAGGAGCCAAGGGCUUCCGAGGUCUUGCGGGUCCUAAGGGUCGCCCCGGUAUCACAAUCCCCAGGGCACCUCCAGAUUUUGGGCCAGCCAUGGGAGAUGUCGGUCCUCCAGGUCAACCUGGAAGCCCUGGUUUCCCUGGAGGGCCCGGUCAGCCUGGGGUGCCUGGACGCCCAGGUCCGAAGGGACGUCCUGGAUCUGUUGGUAAACUGGGCCGCACCGGUUCCGUUGGUCAGCCUGGAGCCAUUGGUGACCCCGGCCCUCCUGGAUUCCCUGGAUCCACCGGAGAACAAGGCCCUCCUGGCGCCUCCGGUCGGCCCGGCAACCCCGGCUCGGUGGGCCGCAGCAUCGGUAUCGGCUACACUCUGGUGAAGCACAGCCAGAAUGCGCAGAUUCCUAUGUGUCCUCAGGGCAUGGCCAAACUGUGGGACGGGUACAGCUUGCUUUACGUGGAGGGUCAAGAGAAGGCGCACAACCAGGACCUCGGCCAGCCGGGGUCUUGCCUCCCCAGGUUCAGCACCAUCCCAUUCCUUUACUGCUCCCCCAACGAGGUGUGCUACUACGCUAGCCGUAACGACAAAUCUUACUGGCUCUCCACUACCGCUCCCAUUCCCAUGAUGCCCGUGGCCCAAAGUCAGAUUCGGCCUUACAUCAGCAGAUGUGCAGUGUGCGAGGCGCCAUCACAGGCGGUGUCGGUCCACAGUCAAGACAUGACCAUCCCUAACUGCCCCCCUGGCUGGAGGAGUCUCUGGAUAGGCUACUCCUUCCUCAUGCACACAGCGGCAGGGGCUGAGGGUGGCGGCCAGUCCCUGGUGUCCCCUGGUUCUUGCCUGGAGGAUUUCCGGGCCACCCCGUUCAUCGAGUGCAACGGCGCCAAGGGGACGUGCCAUUACUUCGCCAACAAGUACAGCUUCUGGCUGACUACUGUCGAUCCCAACCUCGAGUUUGUCUACUCGCCGGUGGCGGAAACCCUGAAGGGAGGCCAAGAGCGCUCCAAAGUCAGUCGCUGCCAAGUGUGCAGCAAGCUCUUGUAG